AUGGCAGCUUAUACUGCUGUAAUUUCUCUUCUUCAAACUCUUGAUCAACCAAAUAUUUCAGAACUCUUUCAUGAUCACAGUACUGAAAUGCUCGAUUCUCUUCGUGCUUCAGCUGAAUAUUUUCAAGAUGUUCUUGAAAACACUAGCAAUGAGAAAAUCAAAUCUUUGGAGGAAGAUAUUAGAGUUGUUGUUAGUGAGGCAGAGGAUGUUGUUGAAAUGAAGAUCUCUGAAAUCAUCAAAGGCGAAAGAUGGACAUUUGGAAUUUUACAACACCAUGAUAAGCUACCAGUUGUUGAAAAAAUGGAUACCACAAAGAAACAAGUAAUGGAGAUUCUUUCUCAUGAUGCUGAUCAAAUUCUUGAAUCAACUGCGGAUUCCUUGAUUGGCGCUUCUUCUAUGAGUGAUCCAAUGCUGUCAGGUUACUUGAAAGAUGAUAUCGUGCAGGGACUUGAUGGUGACUUGGAGAUAAUAGAUAAAAGAUUGAGAGGAUCAACAUCGUAUCUAGACAUUGUCACCAUAUCAGGUAUGGGUGGCAUUGGCAAAACAACACUCGCUAAAAAAACUUAUGAUCAUCCUCCAAUCAGGUAUCACUUUGACAUUUUUGUUUGGGUUACAAUAUCUCAAAAAUUUCGAUAUAGAAAUGUAUUGUUAGAAGCUUUACAUUGCAUUUCAAAGAAAAGAGUUAAUGUGAACACAAAAGAUUAUGUUAAGAUGAAUGACAGUGAGUUAGCUGAUAGUGUCUAA